CGGACGGACCGAACCGGCGAUAUAGUAUAAAUUUCAUACCCACUGACCAGCUCAUCAUCAUUUGUGCUUUGAACUUCUUAAGUGUAAAUUGCUCGUUCGCUUCUGCUCGAGAAAAUUUCGUGAAACCCAAAAACCAAAACAAACAAAAAUGAAAUUCUUUAUGCUUUUCGCCUUGGCCCUUGUGGGCAUUGCUGCUGGUGCUCAGCUGCCUGACUCCGCUACCCAGGGACCCAAUCCCCAGGAUAUUGCCACUCCGGAGCCGGAGUACAUUGACAUCGAUGAACCUGCACCUGCGGCUGCUGCUCCUGCCCCUCGUCCCGUGGCCACUGCCCCUCGUCCCGUCUUCGCUGCCGCCGCUCCCAUUCCUCGUCCAGUGGCUCGUCCCGUGGCCGUGGCCCAGUCCUUCGUCCAGCAGCCCGUCGUCCAGCAGCAGAUCCUCCAGAGGGCCCAGUACCUGGCGCCGGUUGCCCAGCAGGUGGUGGUGCCACAGCAGCAACAGCUGGUGGGUCACACCUACAACAGCAGGGCCGGCUACCAGUACCGCCGUCCAGUCUAUAGCGAAUCCAUCAAAGAAACGACCAACAAGAACAAGACAAGAUCAAAAGCAUAAAGCAUAAAGAGCGAAGUACAAAGAGACAAAUGAUGUUCUAAAGACAAAGAUCGAAAAACGAAGUAUUCAGUUAUUGUUGAAUUGCCAAGUAAAAUACGAAAAAAAUAAACGUAAAUUAUUUGUAAAAAUGAUAAA